UCAUCGUCUGAUUGCCUCCGAAUCAGGCCUUGCGUAGGAUUACGAUUAAGUAUGUAUUACGAGUAUUGCCAAGCCUAUUACUACUAGUCUAUUAAGUAGAGAAGGCCUGAUCAGGAUUGUCACAACUUCUUAUAUCAAAUUCAGAAGUGCUCCCUUGGACUAGAUGCAGGAAUGAAUUACUUAGGAUCCAAGGCUUAAGUGAAAGAUUAUCAAGGAUAUGCUUAAAGCAACAGAUGAGCUGGUUGGAACUGGGGAUAGUUUUCAGGGUUUGGAAAGGACUUGCUUUACUUGUAAGAAGAUUGGUGUGGAAAAAGAGAAAGAUUUAGACAGCCCAGCUUGCAAACUUUUGAUUUCAUGUGACAGUUAUGUCAAACAUAUGUACUUAGUGUGUAGAAACUCUUGUAUGUGCCAGCUUAUGCAUAUAAGAGAGAAACAGUGAUAAAGUCAAGAUUUUUCAAAGUUUGUGGAUCACAUAACAGAAAACUGCAGUUUAAAACAAAAUGUUUGUGAGCUGAUAUCUGGGAGAACAUACUUUUUCAUGAAGUCAGCAUCAGACCAGUAACUACAAUAACUUGAUUUUGUUUCAAAAUUACUUUUCCACAUCAAUAAAUAUGCAGCAGGAAGGUGUACCGAAGUUUCUGAAGUUCCACCAAGGUAGUGUACGAGGUGUGGCAUUUAGUCCCAGGGACAGAUACUUGUUUUGUUCAGGAGCUUAUGAUGGCAAAGUUAAUCUUUAUUCAGCACAGCGUAUGGAACUACUGAUGUGCUAUCAAAUAACAACUAUGGGUCUAGCACGGAAUGUGAAUGCUGUUCGAUUCACAAAUGAUGGAACUCGUAUUCUUGCAGCUACAACAGCCAGAAGGUUAGCUGUGAUAGAUGUUGAAAGAGGUGAACAAAUCAUGUCAUAUGAUAACUGUGCUUUCAAUGGGAGGGAUAGGGCAGGUCUGGCUGCUGAUCCUGUGUGUCCAAAUAUGGCUGUAUGCAGUUGUGUAAAUGGAAAGGGCCUGACCCUGUUUGAUCUGAGGAUGCCUUUACCUCUAGACUUUAUUUAUGAUCUUCACACAACUAUUAUAAGGGAUAUCACAUUCCUGCAUAGUAGCUGGCCUUUUGUUCGAAGCCACCAGAGGGCUAUUUUAUCCAUAUCUACAGGUGGUGUGUGUAAGGUGACUACAUUAGAUGGUAGAUAUCUUCAUUGUUUUGAAGUAGGCCAUAACUCCAAUUCUGUAGCUCCAACACCAGAGACCUAUCAUUCAGGGGCUAAUGAAGGAUUCUACAGUGUUGUAAUGGUAGGUGGGGAUUUCAUCUCUGGGUAUGUACCUGGAGUUGGUGUACAGGAACGUCUUCGAGAACAUGGAGAGGGCCCCAUCUGGAAAUUAAGAUAUACCUCCAAUGGAGGGCUGUUGUAUACUGCCUGUGAUGGUGGAAUUGUUAGAAGGUACCGUCGCUAUCCUACACAUCAUCAGUAUCUGGGAGAAGUUUAUUCACAUAAAGGUGACAUACAAGAUAUGGAUAUAUCUCCGUAUGAUGAAUAUCUUAUAACAGCAUCAAGAGACAGAUCAGUGGGGAUUCUAAGACUGGGCUCACCAAACCAUGGCUGGACAGAGUAUUGUGAACUCACCUGAUGCUUAGUUAUCUAUAACUGUAUAAUAGGAAUGUUUUCACUAUGCAAUUUCUGGUUGUGGUGUCAGCAACCACAAAACUUGUUUCAGUGUACCUCAGACUAAAAGGGCUGUACUGUGCUGCAGCAAUACAUUCUUAAGUUAUGAAAGGUCAGAGGAGUGACACUGUUCAUUAGUUAUUCAGAGAACUGGGACAGCUGUUGUAUUGUAGUACUAUAUGGCAGCAUGAUCAAGGAUGAUGAAUCAUCUGGUAAUAAUAUGACAUUAUGCACAGAUUGUGUAUAGUGAUCUGUUGAAGACAAAACCAUCCUUUUGUAGUCCAUUAUUGUGUCCACCCACAAACAAGAUUAUACAGAUAACAGUAUAAUAAUUCAUAUUCUAUCCACCAAGCAGAGAAGGUGGCACAUGUUAAAGAAAUAUUUCAUUGUGACAAAGAACAGAAUGAGUGACACAGAUUGUUAAGUAAUAAUGGCUUGUGAUUUAGUCACCCAGAAGAGGAGCUGGCACAGGUUACAGUAAUAAUUCAUUGUGGCAACCAAAAGAAUGUAUGACACAGAUCUGAGUAGUAAUGGCCAAUUGUUGAGUCACCCACAAGAGGAACUUGUGCACGUUUCAGUGAUAGACUAUUGUGGUAACCAACAGAAUGAAUGACAGAUUGAGUAGUAAUGGCCAGUUGUUGAGUCGCCCAGAAGAGAGAGAAGAGGAGCUGGCACAGGUUUUAGUGGCAGCUUAUUGUGGUAAACAACAGUAUGAAUGAUACAGAUUGUUAAGUAGUAAUGGCCAGUGGUUGAGGAAACCAGAAGAGGAGCUGGCACAAGUUACAGUAUUGAGAGUACAUUGUUAUGUCAUCUAAGGAAAGCAGCCUUCCUGUUGUUGCCUUUAUGGUUUCAUCCAAGAAACAUGUAUCUUUAAGCACAUUGUUUUUUGUAAACUAAUAAUAAAGGCCAAGACUCUCUUUCUGUAAAUACUAUUGUAUCUUGAAAAGAUGAAAAAGUUGAAACUGUAUUAUUAUUAUUAUUAUCAUUAUGAUAUUUUUAUUGAUAAGUGUUGAAAAAUAUAGCUCAUUUUGUUGCAGAUAGGUGUUUAUCCAAGAUUGUGAAAAGAAAUCUUAAAUUCUUAUUUACAUCAACCAAUAAUGUAACUUAUUAGUUUUAAAGAGGUUUGCCUGUAUCAAUAUAUUUAGGAGCUAGGACUUCCCAGGUUUGGAGAUGGGCAUGUCCUCAAGAUAUUCUAAAUUUACAAUGUUUUACAGUAAGCAGAGUAACAGUGCUAUCAUACAGUACAUAUUGGUAGAUUUGUAAAUGUUGAAGAUGGCAAGUGGUUAUCCAGAGACAGUAAUAUGCUGAUAGUAAAUUACUAUACACCCAACUAAAAAAAGGCCAGGGACAAAAAUACUGAUAUAUCGGGAAAUGGUGGAGAACUUUGUGUGAAUGUUAUGAGUGUAUUUUGGCAUCUCUACUGAAUGGAGGAAACAAAGAUAAUCACAUAGAGAACUGGUUUUCAAUCAGAUAAAGAAAAAACAGAAAUACUAUAUUGUUGUUUGGUAAAUAAUGAAGAACAUUUUGGUGUGUUUAAAAGAUUACAGAAGUAACUAAUGUGUGUUGUAGAUCUUUAUUAUUAUUCAUUCAGUGAAGGAGGAAGCACAUUGACUAGAGUGGUCAUGUAUAUUGUUGUAUUAGCCACGAAUGCUGACUGUGAAACACAUCUACUUAAAUCUGUUUCCUUGAAAUAAAGGAUAGCUACAGAUGUGGUAGAGGGACCAUUAACAUAUUAAGAGUAUCUGUAAGUAAAUGCAUUUAUAUAAAGCCCUGAAACAGUUGGAAACAGUAAACUGUAUCCAUGAGAUAAGUGAAAUGUCAUAUGAUUUCUGUUAAAUUUACAGAGCCUCAGUUUAUUCUUAAGAUAUAAUAUAUAUAUAUAUAUAUAUACACCUAUUAUUCUUGAAAUAGUCCAUAUUGAGGCUUCUUGUAGAUUUUCCAGAAGACUAUAACUAAAUUGACUAUUUUCUCUAGUGAUUGCUGAUAAAGUAAAGUUUUCAUUAUGUAUUUGACCACAUUGAUGAAAAAAUACUUUAAUUUCUUAGAUGAAAAUACAGUUGGACAGUAUAACACUGAAAAUUUCAGUGAUAACUGGGUUUCUUCCAGAAUAAACAAAAAAAUAUAUGUCUUUAUGAUUAAAGUAAAACUAUGGACCAGUCCUUAUAACUGGAGUAAAAUUUAGAACCUGUUUUUGUAACUAGGGUAAACUAAAUCCCUGCCUUCAGUACUAAGUUAAAACUAAGAACCUCUCUUCAUUACAAGGUAAAAAUUAAGAAUCUGUCUUUGUAACUAGGCUAUUACCAAGAACCUGUACUAAAUACUAAAUGAAAGUUAUAAACCUGUUUUUGUGACUAUAGUAAAGCUAAGAACUUGUCUUUAUUGUAAAAACUAAGAACCUGAGUUUAUAACUGGUAAAAAUGAGGACCUCUUUUUAUAACUAUGGUAAAUUUAACAAUCUGAUUUAGUGUGUAGGGUAAAACUGAGAACCUAUAUUUAUAUCUAUGGUAGUAUUAAUAACAUGUCUUCAUAACCAAAGUAAAAUUAAGAAUAUUAAUAACUGCAGAAAACUAAGAAUUUGCCUUUGUAACUAUGGUAAAAUUAAAAAACUUGGUGACUGUAGUGUAACUGAGAACUUGAUUGUAACUAGGGUAAAACUUUGAAUUUUGUGUUUAAAUAUGCUGUUGAUUUAAUUGUCUGUUUUUACUUAUUUUAAAUUCUUUAAGACACCUUUUUAAACUGUGUGGAAAUUUAUGUAGGAUAAAAUUCCUACAGAUCUUUAUCUUGUUACAAAAUUUAAUUGAAUGAUUAAUAAUGGCUGGAGAAUGAUUAGUUCAAGUCUCACAGUGACUAUGAGAUGGCCAAAUUAAGUUAGUAUUUAUUGUAUGUAUUACAGAAUUUAAAUCCCUGCUUUGAAGAAAAAAAUUUUUUUUUUUGGAACAAAGAAAUCAACAAUUUCUUCUGACUUUAUUAUUAAAACCUGCUUUGUUUCUAGCUACUGAGUGUAAUUUAUUUAAUUUCAUCUAUAAGGCCUUUCUCUAUAACUUGAACAACAAAUUAAAUGCUGAACUUAGCUUAAAAGUAAGUUAGAUCUCUCUUGAAUAGAAACAUUUUUCUUCAUUGGCCGUAGUUAGGAUUUUAAAGUAUUUUUUAAUAGAUGGUUGUGUCACAUUCACCUAAGGCAUGCUUCAGUACAUUUGAUCCAUUAGAUGUACUUCCAAGCAAGUUUUCAGUUAUCUUGUAGUGUAACUGGUGUAGCCUUAUGUGCAUCAAGGAUAAGUAGAUUGACAAACCAUGUGACUUAGACAAGUGUGGUAGUUGCCCAUUCCUGUUACCAUAAGAUCCUACUUAAAGCCAAUAAUGUACACCUUCCUAAUAAAAGAGAGCUUACAGAUAAUAUAAAUAGUACCUGUUGUUUUCUAGCCAGCCUAAUGAGCCCUAAUAUUGGGUGACAGGCUCAUCAGCACUAGAUAUAGCAAAUAUAAAGUGGUUGACAUAUUUUUUACUUUCACUCAUAAGUUCUUAGAAUUCAUAAGCUGAGGCUGCAAUGUAAUAAAAUAAGUUCAACAUAUAAUUUGUUGUUCUAGAAUGAGUAGCAUUUGUCCAGUAGUGUUUUAACUACAAGGUUGCUAAUGUACACAAGCAUUAUAUGUAUAUGAUUAACCCUUUUAUCAUACAUGGAAGGGGUUUUCUUCCAUUACCGUAAUUGGUGUAAAUGUACAGGUGGAGAUGGUAAAGGGUUAAAUUUACAUCAUUAUGGCAUAAAGCAUAAGUGAUCUGUAACAACUUAUAGAAACUAGUGAUUGGACAAUAUAGAAAGAAUGAUAGAA